GCUGGCGGGGCCCGCGCGGACGUGGCCGCGGAAGUGGGUGGCGGGGCCGGGCCGUGCCACGCCGGUACAGGACAGGACGGGCUGGGCUCUGCUGUGUUGUGUUGUGCUGUGUUGUGCUGAGCCGUUCCGAACCGAGACGCGCCGCCUCCCCCUGCCGAGCAGCAUCUCCCGUGGGCAGCCGCCGACGGAGCCAUGUCGCGGGGCAAGGGGCUCAGCCUGAAGGACAAGCUGGACGGGAACGAGCUGGACCUGAGCCUCUGUGACCUGAAUGAGGUGCCGGUGCGGGAGUUGGUGAGUCUCCGGCCGUGGGCCCCCCGGUGGAGGUGGGGACCGGGAGCCGGCGGAGCAGCGUAGGGGAGCCGGAUGUGCUGGGGGCUUGUGACCUGGCCUGCAGGUAUUUAAAGCAGUGAGGUUCUGUGUCCCGCGGGCCUGGCAGCCGCUAGUUACUGCUGUCCUGGGAUAAGAACCUUUUUGGACACAGAGAUGGAUCCGGAGAUGACGUGACCUCGGAGCAGCCGCGGGGGAUGGACAGACUGACGCGGGAGAAACCGCAGAGGCCGAAGCAGAACAGGUGUCAGAGGGGGUCGGGUGAACGUCCAUGUUCACUCAGUGCCUUACUUGUCUUUCAGGCUGCUCUUCCGAAAGCUACUGUCUUGGAUUUGUCCUGUAACAACCUCAUUUCCUUGCCGUCAGACUUCUGCAGUUUGAUGCAUCUGGUGAAACUGGAUUUGAGUAAAAAUCGGUUGCAACAGCUGCCCUUGGACUUUGGCCGCCUGGUCAAUCUGCAGCACUUGGACCUCCUGAACAACCGCUUGGUCACCCUGCCAGUCAGCUUUGCACAGCUCAAGAACCUGAAGUGGCUGGAUCUGAAGGACAAUCCCCUGGAUCCUGUCCUGGCAAAAGUGGCAGGAGACUGUCUGGAUGAAAAGCAGUGUAAGCAGGCUGCUGUCAAGGUCCUGCAGCACAUGAAAGCAAUCCAGUCUGAGCAAGAUCGACAACGGCAGCGGAAACUCCAGGCAGAGAGAGAAAUGGAGAAGAAACGUGAAGCAGAACAGCGAGCAAAAGAGGCUCUGGAGAAAGAACUGCGGAAGCGAGAGAAGGCAGAGGAAAAGGAGCGCAGAAGGCGGGAGUACGAUGCUCAGAAAGCUGCAAAACAGGAGAUGGAAAAGAAAACUAAGAAGGAAGCAGUACACACCCGAAAGCCGGCCUCCAGCUCCCGUCCCCCUCAGCCCCCCCUGCAUAAGCCCUCGUGGUCGCGGUCAGUGUUGAGAGUCCUGCUCUUUGUGCUGUUCUGCAUCCUCUGUACCCUGGCUGCCUGCAAGCUGACGGAGCUGCAGCAUCAACCUCUGUGUGUCAGUGUGAACACCCUCUACGAGGACGUGGUGGCUGCUUUGCAGAACCACAAAACCCUGCAGAACAUGCUACAGCACAACUCGCACCAGUGAUUGUCCUGGAUGGGCACUUGCUUCAUCAGCAUCUUCUUCCACCAUCUACGCAGCCAGAAUUCCUAUGGAAUUGUGUUCUGAUGAAACUACUUUGAUCCAGUCAGCAUUGGUUUGCUGGUCCACUCCACAGAGCAGAGCUAUUGUUCAAACUAUCUUUGUUGUGCAUGUCUCUCAGUCGGCCUGUAACUCCCUUUAUUUGUGCACAUUAACCUAAACUUGUUACCACUCCUUGCCUCCAAGUUGUGUCCACCAGGAUUGUGAGGUACAGGAAGCUGACAGUCUAUAGGAAUGGGAGCAAGCAGCUCUCACAGCAUCUGGGUGAGACAGCUGUAGCUCUAAGCUAGAGGUGGAAGGUUUUUAAUACAUAUCUGUUCCUUGCUCUCAUUUCUGUGUGUGCUUAGAAUGGUGGUAUGGCUGUAUGGGAAUAAUAGACUAAGGCCACACUCCAGGACCAAUUACAGGCAUUUAGGAUGGCUGUGCAUCCCUAUGUUGGAGCAAAGAGGCUGAUGUGCUAUUGAAAGAAGCUGAAAAUUUUCAAUACAACAGUUUUCACAGCAA